GGAGCACCUUGAGUCCCCGCCUGCCGAACUCCGCCCAGCAAACCCGCUUUUGCAAGCCAAGGAGCAACUCGGCUUUGGAGCAGCUCGGCUUUGGAGCGUCUCCAGGCCCCGCCUCACGAGCUCCGUCCCGUCCACUGCUCUGUCAGAGCACCGGAGACUCGCAACCCAGCCCCGCCCCGAGUCGAGGACCCGCUGUCCACUGGGCACCGCAGGGCCCGCGGGCCCCCGGGACUGGCUUCCGCGGUCGUCAUGACGGCUGCCGUGUUCUUUGGUUGCGCCUUCAUCGCCUUCGGGCCCGCGCUCUCUCUUUACGUCUUCACUAUCGCCACCGACCCUUUGCGCGUCAUCUUUCUCAUCGCCGGUGCAUUCUUCUGGUUGGUGUCUCUUCUGCUUUCAUCCAUGUUUUGGUUCCUAGUGAGAGUCACUACUGACAACAGAGAUGGACCAGUGCAGAAUUACCUGCUCAUCUUUGGAGUGUUGCUCUCCGUCUGUAUCCAAGAGCUGUUCAGGCUCGCAUAUUAUAGGCUGUUGAAAAAAGCCAGUGAAGGUUUGAAAAGCAUAAACCCGGAGGAGACAGCACCGUCGAUGCGACUGUUGGCCUAUGGUAAGUUAGACCCUGUGGUGUCAUGGAGAAAAAUCAGAGACGUGAUGGAGAGAUAGCUCAGCAGUUAAGAGCACCUACUAUUCAGUUCCCAGCACCCCAUAGUGGCUUACAACCACCUCUAACUCUAGCUCUAGGGGAUCCAACACCUACAGAGCCUACACAUGGUACACACAAACUCAAGCAGGCUCAGUGUGUAUGUCUACACACACACAUGCACAUGUAGCACAGACACACACUCACACUCACUCAUGAGCCUGAACAUGGUAUACACAAACUCAUAUAGGCACCAGUGUGUAUGUCUACAUACACAAACAUACACACACACACACAUACACAUACACACACACACACACAUACACACACACAUACACAUAUACACACAC